GUCUUUGAGUUUGUUUCACUUUAUUAACCAUUUGUGCUUUUAUUUUGUGUAUGAUUCCGACAGCCUGCGAACACAAAAGGAAAGCAAAGCUCAAGAUGUUCUUCUCCAACCAAUUCUACUUUUAGAGAAUGUUUUCAGUUGCAGCUCAAGACAGCUCAAGAAGAUAGCCGCCAAUCAUCAAGAAUGAGCUAUGUUCGAGAACCUCUAGGAAUUGUGGAGACUCUACCCUGCUGUGAGUAGUUGCAAAUCCAAUAUCAGCUUCAGAGCAAACAAAGAACAAAAAAAAAUUGUAGAGCUAGAAUGGAAAAGGAGAGGCCAAAGAAGAUGAAGAAGAAAGCAAAGAAAUAAAAGUUGAAAGAGAUAAUUUAGAGAAAGUUCAAACAAUGAUAAACUUUGAAAAAGGAUCCUGAUUAAGGAAGAGGUGCAUCUAUUUGUUAAAUUCCAUUUAGUGCAAUGGUUGAGAGCAGGUUCACCAGUUGUGUGAUAAAUUCCAUCCCUCAAAUCAAAUAGGUGCAUGGGUAGUUCCUAUGAAACAGGUCACUACUAGGUAUCAGGAGCUUAAAGAAAAAUGGCAGAUAUAUCUCACAACCCAACUGUUGUUCAGAACGUAGAGGUAGCUAACCGAUGUCAACUGAGCUCAAAUCUUUGUGAAAAUGGCCAAGCUAUGUAUGUUGUACUCAAGUCAUUUCGUCUUUGAAAACUGCUACAUUACUUGUUUGAAAGAAUGCCAGACCAGCUUGGAUCUUCCAUCAAUUACUGAAAAUGGUGCACCAGUCAUUGUGCAAGCUCCUCCAAUGAAAGGAUUUGCUUGUUUUGUGGUUGACUUUCUCAUGGGUGGGGUUUCAUCCGCUGUCUCAAAGACUGUAGCUGCCCUCAUUGAGCGUGUUAAACUGCUAAUUCAAAACCAAGAACCAAGAUGAGAUAAUAAAGUUAGGUAGGCUAUCUGAACCUUACAAGGGUAUUGGUGAUGAGUUCUUUAGUCGAACCAUCAAGGAUGAAGGUUUUGUUUCAUUGUGGAGAGGAAACACCGUCAGUGCAAUACAAUGCUUUCCCACCCAGGCUCUCCUGAACUUUGCAUUCAAAGAUUACUUCAAGAGCUUCCUGACUAUCAAGAAGGAAUGUGAUGGCUACGCGAAAUGUUUUGCUGCAAACCUUGCAUUAGGGGGUGCUGCAGGUGCUUCAACAUUACUGUGUCUAUUCAUUGGACUAUGCCCGUACCAGUUUGGCUAAAUGAUCUCAAGGCUCCUAAGAUGGGAGGUGAGAGGAAAUUCAAUGCUUGGUUGAUGUCUAUAAAAAGACGUUUGCCUAUGAUGGUAUUGCUGGACUUUACUGUGGAUUCACCAUUUUGGCAUUUCCUGUGCCGGAAUUAUUCUUUACUGUGGUUAGUAAUUUGGAUUAUAUGACUCUAUCAAACUAGAUGUAUUGACUCAAAAAAUUGCUGCUGGGUACCCCU